ACCAAAAACACAAGCAGUACUGACACCAGAGCCCAAAUCUACACAAUCGAAGCAAUAGCUAUGAAGCGUGCACUCGCCGCUUGUGAAGCUAUGGAGAGUGCUGUGGAAGACAAGAAGAUGAAGAAGAUUAGAGUUGAGGAAGAAGAAGAAGAAGAAGAAAGGGAAAUUGGAAGUGGGUUUGUGAAUCUGGAUGAAAAUCUGCUGUACGAGGUGUUUAAACACGUUGACGCGAGGACGCUGGGGGCGGCGUCGUGUGUGAGCAAGCUUUGGCACCGGACGGCGCAGGACGAGCGUCUCUGGGAACUCAUCUGCACCAGGCACUGGGCUAACAUCGGCUGCGCCAAUCAGCAGCUCCGAUCCGUGGUCCUCGCUCUCGGGGGAUUCCGUCGCCUCCACUCCCUUUACAUCUGGCCUCUCUCCAAGCCCCAGUCGUCAGCCGGCUCGUCGUCUUCCUCUUCAUCGGCUUCACCGUCGUCUUGGGCUUCUUUCCCGUCGAUGAUCGGAUCGAAGCCGCCGACUCGUUGGGGAAAAGAUGAGGUCCAUCUCUCGCUGUCACUCCUCUCCAUUCGCUACUACGAGAAGAUGAAUUUCAAGAAUGGAGGCAGAUGAUUUCAACUAUCCAUGAAUAUUUCCAAUUUCACUGUCCCUUUUCUUGGUCAAUUCUCAGCAUUUUGAUUUCUUU